AGGCUGCUAUCAUAUGUUAUUCCGCAAGUGUGUUGUUCCGUGGCGAGUGUUGCUUUCAAGGUGACCUCUCUAGGAUACAUGGUGCGCAGGAAACCAGUGUGAGAGUCUGGGUUUGAGUGAGAAGCUGAAUAUGUGACGACGAUCAAUUAUGGCGGCGUCGCUGGUGGACACCUACCACUACUGGGGGGCCGAGUUCAUCUCCAACUUCCAGAGACUGGUGCCGAACCGGGGCCGCUUCUUCAUGCAGGUGUCGGCGGUGGGAGACCCUGGCCUGGCCUUCACCCUGUACUUCCCACUGCUGCUGUCCGUGCACACCGGCGUUGGAGUGAGGCUCAUGUGGACGCUGCUCUUCUGCGAGUGGUCCAACAUGAUCCUGAAAUGGGUGCUGGCAGGGGACCGUCCCUUCUGGUGGAUCCAUGAGACGACCGUGUACAAGGGCCUGCCUCCGCCCAUGUACCAGUUCCCCAUCACGUGCGAGACGGGCUCCGGCAACCCAUCAGGCCACGCCAAGCUGAACGCCGCCAUGUUCUACGUGCUGGUGUCUGCCUUCAUCAGCAUGGUGGUGCAGCAGAGCUCCAGGCUGAGUGAGAAGCAGAAGACGUGGGCGCGGCGCGGGCUGUGGACGGGGUACGCCACUUGGAUGGUGCUAGUGAUCCUGUCCCGGACGUACGUGGCUGCCCAUUUCCCCCACCAGUGCAUCGCCGGGGUGGCCAUCGGUAUCGGCAUGGCCCUGCUGGUGGCUCGCAUGCCGGUGCUGGAGGUGAUGAGCAGGAAGCAGUACCUAGCCCUCUCCGCCACCAUCAUCACCACCGUGCUGGGCGUAUACUUCGGGCUACAGCUGGGUGGGUGGGACGCCCUGUGGAGCAUGGAGAAGGCCAUAAAGUGGUGCGUCAGGCGGGAGUACAUUCACCUGGACACCAUGCCCUUCUACUCCUUCUCCAGGUUCUCCGGCGUGUCCCUGGGGCUUGGCAUGGGCCUCUCCUCGCCCUGGUACAAGAAGGCCAACCGUUGCCAGGUUCAACUGGAAGAUGACGGCGUCGCUGGCAGUGCUGAGUCUGGGCAUGAGUCAGGUGGGCGUGAUGGUGCACCAGUCCCUGCCUCGCUCCAUGGUGGGACUCUACCCGCGCAGAGUUCCUUCUCAACGCCAACCGUCACUUUCGUGCUGGUCGCCGUCCUCCCGCACCUGGUCAGGAUGGCCUCCAGGGUUCCUGCAGGAGACAAAUUUAAGAAGAACUAAUGAGCCAGUUCACUGUCAGUAGUUAUUGUUAUUAUUAUUAUUAUUUCUUUUUGUUGCAGUCUCUUUUACCAUUAUGGAUAUCUUGGGAUUUUGUGUUCAGUGAGCAUUUUGUUUCCUUUUCACUUUCUCAUAUUAUUUUGAGUGUAUAUGUAUUUUCUGCCCGUCCC